CUCGUCUUUGGUCCCGCCUAUCAAUUAUAUAGUUAUCAGCGCGCACGCGCUGCCUGGUGUGCGCACGCGGGUGCACGUGAACCUCCGGGAUGGCCAGCAGUGACGUGGUGAAGAAAAUCGUGCGCUUCAAACUUCAGCUAUCAAACGCUACAGAACCUGCAACGGUUCUAAAAAUUUUGCAAAAAUUAAAGGACCUGGAUGUCACGUUAGAAAUUCUCGCUGAAACUGGGAUUGGAAAGACUGUUAACUCUUUUAAGAGGCACAAACAGGCUGGAGAGAUUGCCAAGGCUCUGGUUAAAGGCUGGAAAAACCUGGUCCCAAAGGAAUCCUCUUGCUCUAAAGAAGAUGACGUGUGGUCAGAGAAGAAACCUAAAGAAGAACAAAGCUGUCCAGAUGAGGAAGAGCAGCCUUCUGGGGAUGAAAAUAAUAACUUGGCUUCUCAUCUAAAGAAUAAAAACUCGCCCGAUGAGGCUUCUUCUGGAACAAAGAGGAAAGACGGCUCAGAAAAACGACAAUGUGACCAGCAGAAAAAGAAAACAAAAAAAUGUGACCAAGAAUACCAAAGCAGGUGUCAGAAGAAAUACAACACUGAAGUUCAAGAGGACGACUUUGCUGCACCAACAAAGAAGAAGAAAAACUCUAACACUUUGUCUGAAAACAAAUGCAUUGAUCAGAAAUCUAGAUUUGACUCCAAAGAAAAAUGUAGAUUAGACUCAGAGAGUGAACAAAAUGGAUUGUAUAGUAGGUCAAAAUCAAAGCCUUCAAAGGACUCGUCGACAGAAGAGGAGUCUUCUCCAUCCUCUGGAAAACCCUCAAAAAUGAUCAAAGCAACGAAAGAUGAGGGGUCUUCCAGUAAAUCUCAAAGCUCAGAUUCCCAACAUAGAAAAAGGAAAAAAUCUGAAGAAAAGCUGAACGCAUCGAAGUCCAAGCACUUUGAAAAUAAGGAGCUUUCAAAACAACUAAAGAAAAAGCCCAAAAUGAAUCACAAAAACGAGGAGAGCAGCAGCGAGACGUCCUUAGUGUCUUUUGAGUCGUGCUUGAACUACGAUGUGAACAUUUUCAAAAGAAAAGAGCAACCUGGAAUCAAAAAAGCUCCUAAAAAAUCAAAAAGCACAACAAAAAGGCAGCCAGCUGAAGACCCUGAGACCAAACCGGAGAAGUCACCGGCUGUUUCCCCAAACCAGAUUCAGAAAUCUUUAUUGCACCUCAUGGAUGUCCCCUUACCUGCCACUCUGCCUGAAUUGGAAAAGCCAGGUGUUGAAUAUUACUUUGAAAGGAAAGCUGAGAAAGAUUCUGAUCUUCAAGACCUGUCAGGAGAAUCUGCAGUCUUCACGGGGCAGCGACUGAACAAGAAAAUGCAAGUGUACUCUGGUGCCAAAACCCUUUUCCUACCUGCCAUGAUGAGCCUGUAUCAGCAGUGCAUCCGAACCCUCCAGAACAACAUUAACAUGCUUUAUGAAACGGGUGGAGUGCCAUUUGAACUUCUUGAACCCGUGCUGGAAAGAUGCACACCGGAGCAGCUGCAGAGGAUUGAGGAGUACAACCCAAUUUACAUGGGGGUUACUGAUCACUUGUGGGGAGAGCACUGUCUGAGAGACUUCAAAGGCUACAAACUUCAGGAAUAUGAAUCCUGGAAGGAGAUGUAUCUCCGUCUGUCGGAGGAAAGAGAAAGGAAACUCAAGAGGCUGACAAAAACGAUUGUAUCGGCACAGUCGAAGAAACCGAAGGGUCGGCAGGUGAAGAUGGCAUUUAUUCACACGGUUGCUAAGCCACCAAGGGAUGUGCGUAUCCAGCAGGAACUUCAUGGAACUGCUGUCCAACAGCCUCAUCAGCUGAAGAGCAGUGUCAAAGGUCAGGAAAUCCGAUCAAAACCAAGCUGUCACGAGCACACUAGGCCAAGCGGCACCAGUACUGGGGGUUCUAAUGACACACGCAAAAAAUCAAGAGUUGCCCCAAUGAUGGCAAAAUCGUUGAAAGCGUUUAAGAAGCAGCUGGGACGAAGAUGAACCUCAAACUUACAUGUAGAAAAUGAACUUCAUCAUUGAAUUCUCCCUCACAGCCUCAUGUGCUAUCCUAAUAACAAUCUUCAUACAUAUAUAUUAAUGUUAAAGUUUUUUUUCCCUGCUAUUGACACUAUUAAAUUGACAAUGAGGACAGCA